AUACUGGGCGUUGCCAAGCGCACUAUAAAUUCUUGAAUAAGCUUCCAGUGAGCUUCUCACUCUUCACUGAAUCUCAAACUUGUCUGCCUUUUUUUGUCCAGCAUCCACUUCUGCAGCCAUGACUGAGUUGGAGAAUUGCAUGGAGUCCCUGAUUAAGAUAUUUCACCGCUAUGCCGAUGAAGACGGCGAUGCAACGACCUUAACCAAGAAAGAACUGAAAAAACUAAUGGAGACGGAAUUACCCACCUUCCUGAAAACCCAGAAGAACCCCAAAACUGUGGACUGCAUAUUGAAAGAUUUGGACCAGAACAAAGAUGAUAAGUUGGACUUUGAAGAGUUUCUUCCCCUUGUCGUCGGCCUCUCGAUGGCCUGUGAGAAGUGUUACAUGCUCCAUAAUCAGAAGAAGGGCAAGAAGUGAUGGGCAAAUAUGAGGGAGAGUAAUUACGUUCAGUUUUUUAGUAGUAAAAUAAUUUUGUUGCACAAAUGUGUGUCAGACUUACAAGUAAAAACUACCUUUAACAAGA